AUGCAAAUAUCCAAGGACCCAAUUCUAACCCGUCAAACCAUACAGAAAGCUUUACGCUCGUUCUUCGGCAUAGGUGAACUACGAUGCAAUCAGCUCAUGGCACGAUUCCACAUCCACCCCACCGCUACCGUCGGUGAGCUAGCUACCAGACAAGUACUGGAUCUGACCGGUGCAUUGUCAAACAUGAAAAUCGAAAAUGAUCUGAAGCGAGAGAUACUGGACAACAUUAAGAGAUUAAAGGACACUGGAACAUAUAGAGGAAGAAGACAUGCUCUCAACUUGCCAGUCAGAGGACAGAACACUAGGAGCCAGAUUAAAUCCGCGAUUAAAUUCAACCGUAUAGAUAGACAGUUAUGA